CACUGGCAAUUCUACGAAACCUCUGGCCGGUGGUAGUCAACCGAAAGUCAAUCAAAACGCGUCUUCUUCAACGAAGAAAGACCCUACCCUAAAAUCCAGCGGAAACGGCACGAAUUCUGAAUCAACGUUGACCGUCCACUCUGUUCCAGCUACAACCAAAGAUCGUCCUCUAACAGAGGUAAUCAGCGAGAAAUUUACGCCGUUCGACCAUAAUCGUCUUGUUGUGGGCCCAUUUACGGAGGAGACUGCUAGAGACGCGAGUUUCGAACAAGGUACUUAUGAGUCUACAACUCGCGUUCUCGCGCAUAUAUGCGUUUUACUAGUCCCUACUAAUCAUCAUGGUAUAUAGAACUAGGAGCCCUUCUCCUUGACGCGAUGCUGGAGACUCAUGCUUGGGCUGCAGCACGUCCAAAAUUCGAGAGUCAGUUGGCGGUGCAGAAGUUGGAGAACAAGAUUAGCGAGGUGAUCGAGGUGGAAAAUAGACAAGGCAUGUCCCAGUCAUCUUCGAGGACACUUUAUUCGUUGUCGUUCUGGCCUGUCUUGCUUCUUGAACAAACCCGCCAGAAUCUAAACGAAUUCGUGACUCACAUGAAAACCGCGCUCGAGCGAUUCGUCGCAAUGUGCUGAAUGGAGAGAAACUAGUACCGACUGUACAGAAGCAAAGGUCGUUUCCGCAUAACUAUUUACACAACUCGGUUUGGACAAAGUCGAAUUCAUGUCACGGUCGCUGCGCUCGAUCCCCCAAACUCUGCGUUCCUGCUCCAGGUUCAUCGUGUAUUUAUC